AUGCGGCCAAUUACUCGGUCGGCACUCCGACCUUAUGUUUGCCCUUCCUGCCGGUCUGGUCGCUUUGUGGGCCGUAGAAGGUUUGGGUCCAAGCCCGAUCAAUCCCCCGAUGUCUACGAUGUGGUGUGUGUCGGAGGUGGUCCAGCAGGUCUAGGGUUACUAGCAGCUUUGCGUGCUUCUCCCUUAACAUCAAAGCUCAGGGUGGCCCUCGUCGAGACCCAGGACUUACAAAAAGCUCGCGCCUGGAACCUCGAUUCACAGCAAUUCUCGAACAGAGUCAGCAGCCUAACACCCUCAUCCGUGUCAUUCCUGCGCAAGAUCGGGGCCUGGGAACAUCUUGAUGUCGACCGAGCUCAAGAAUACCAGGAGAUGCAAGUAUGGGACGGUGAAACAGAUUCGCGCAUAACUUUCGACUGGUCCGCGGAUACUUCCCCGUUCGAAAACCUCCCCACAGUCGCGACAAUGACGGAAAACGCCAAUCUCGUCCGCGGACUUCUGUCGCGCAUCGCGGCAUCUGGAGACGAGAAUAUCUCAAUCUUCUCGAACACAACCGUCUCAUCUAUCGAAAACGGUACGGACCACCCGGACGGCCCGGACCUAUCAGCCUGGCCAGUUCUCUCCCUCGCUCCAACCGGCGCAGCACAGUCACAACCCCCAACUCGGAUCGCCGCAAGACUACUAGUCGGUGCGGACGGUAUCAACAGCCCCGUCCGUCGGUUCGCCGACAUUGCAACCGAGGGCUGGGACUACAAUCGUCACGGCGUCGUCGCGACUCUUUCCCUCGCCGACCCGGAUCAGGUCUCAUUCCCUAUCGGCACAAGAACCGCCUACCAGCGCUUCCUGCCUUCCCUCGGAGGCCCAGUUGCUUUGCUACCACUACCCAACAACCACGCAACACUAGUGUGGUCCACCACGGUAGAAAACGCCGCCUAUCUCAAAUCUCUUUCCCCGAAAGCGUUCAUCGCCAUGGUCAACGCCGCAUUCCGCCUCCCGAUGACGGACCUCAAGUACAUGAUGCGCAUGGAGCGCCCAGCCACCUCUGCAUCGGACUAUGAGGAUUCACACGAGAGCGAACUGACUUGGCGUCUGCAACAUACCCCGCAAGCCUCUCACGUCCCGCCCAUGGUAAACGGCGUACAGGAGGGCAGUGUGGCCUCUUUCCCUCUGCGCUUCCGGCAUGCAUCAACCUAUAUCUCACCACGCGUGGCUCUUGUCGGCGAUGCCGCCCAUGUGAUCCAUCCGCUUGCUGGACAAGGUCUCAACCUUGGAAUGGGCGAUGUGGCGUCCCUCUCCAAGACGAUCGAAUACGCAGUCGACCACGGAAUGGAUAUCGGUGAUAUUCUUUCUCUGGAGAGUUACACCGCCGAACGGUGGGCUGUUAAUGCUAAGAUCGGCGGUGUCUGUGAUAUGGUGCAUAAGCUUUACAAUGUUCCGGGCCAGGGCCCGGUUGCAUGGGGUCGCAGUCUAGGUUUCGAGAUCAUUGAUCGGUUACCUUUUGUUAAGGGAUUCUUGAUGAAGAAUGCUGAGGGUUGA